AUGCAUCCGAUCAAUGCGAUGCUGUCGGCGAGGUUGUUGGCCGUCGUCGGGAAUUCCAACGGCUUAGAAAGCGGAACGGUCCCGUUCGGAUCGUUAUGGUGGAGUAUCUACGCCGGCGUCUCUUGUUUCCUCGUCCUCUUCGCCGGAAUCAUGUCCGGCCUCACUCUGGGCCUCAUGUCUCUCGGUAUCGUCGAUCUCGAAAUCCUCCAACGCAGUGGCACUCCUAAAGAGAAGAAACAAUCAGCUGCGAUUUUUCCGGUUGUGCAGAAACAGCAUCAGCUUUUAGUGACAUUGCUCUUGUUCAAUGCUCUUGCAAUGGAGGGGCUUCCUAUAUACUUGGAUAAGAUAUUCAAUGAGUAUGUUGCAAUUAUCCUCUCGGUUACUUUCGUUCUCUUUGUAGGAGAGGUUAUUCCUCAAGCUAUAUGCUCUAGGUAUGGACUUGCAGUGGGGGCUAACUUGGUGUGGCUUGUCCGGAUCUUAAUGGUUCUCUCCUAUCCGAUAUCGUUUCCGGUGGCGAAGAUGUUGGAUUGGGUGUUGGGACACGGUGACCCUUUGUUUAGGCGAGCUCAGUUGAAAGCUCUUGUAUCAAUCCACGGCGAAGCUGCUGGGAAAGGAGGUGAGCUUACACAUGAUGAGACCACGAUCAUAAGUGGAGCUCUUGAUUUGACUGAGAAGACUGCUCGAGAAGCUAUGACACCAAUUGAAUCGAUCUUUUCCUUGGAUGUGAAUUCAAAGUUGGACUGGGAAGCUAUGGAUAAGAUUCAAACACGAGGACACAGCCGCGUUCCUGUCUACUCAGAGAAUCCAAAAAAUGUUAUCGGACUUCUCUUGGUGAAGAGUCUACUUACAGUGCGCCCUGAAUCAGAUACACUCGUCAGCGCAGUUGGUAUACGCCGAAUUCCAAGGGUUCCGGCUGAGAUGCCUUUGUAUGAUAUACUGAAUGAGUUUCAAAAAGGAAGCAGCCACAUGGCUGCAGUUGUGAAAGUCAAGGAGAAAAGCAAAGUUCCUCUUUCAACUUUGCCUGAAGAAAACACUUACGAAAGCAAUGCCGCCGCCGGCGAGUUGAGUGCACCUCUGUUACUAAAGCGAGAAGGGAACCAAGACAGUGUCGUCGUCGACAUUGACAAGAUUGAUAGAGAAUCUGUCUUGCCAAAUAGCGAGGCCGGUAGACACGGGUUCUCACAUACUUCAGAGGAGAUUGAGGAUGGGGAAGUGAUUGGUGUCAUCACAUUGGAAGAUGUGUUUGAGGAGCUUUUGCAGGAAGAGAUUGUGGAUGAGACGGAUGAGUAUGUAGACGUGCAUAAAAGGAUUCGGGUUGCGACUGUAGCGGCAGUGGCGAUUUCAUCGUUAGCUAGAGCUCCUUCAGGCCGGAGGUUACUUGGCCAAAAGAGUGUUGGAGCACCAAAAACGCCAAAGGCGACUUCUACUUCUAAGCAAGAUAAACCUGUGACUGGCUCUGUUCAAGGGAACAGCUGA